AUAAAAUAAUUAGUUGGUUAGAUUUUGCUAUUUUGUUGUAUAUAAAAAAAUAUCUUCAUAUUUGUUUGAUUUCUUCUGCCAAAACUAAAGUAGCGCCACUGGUAGGAAUUUCGGAACCGAUCACUGACAUUAUUUAUUGUAUAUGCCGGGGGAGUCGACAAACAAAGUAAAUGGACCAAAUUUGUGGCUACUACUCUCCUCAAUUAUAAAAAUGAAAUAUUUAUAUAUCUUCCCUGAACCAGGAAGAUAUUUUGUUUGUCUUCUACAAAUAUUAUAUAUAUGUAAUUUCUUUGGAUAAUUUUCUACCGCUUAAGAAGCACAGAUGGACAUAAUCUCAGGGCAAGCUCUGUUACUCCUCUUUUGCUUUAUCUUAUCAUGUUUUCUUAUCUUCACCACCACAAGAUCUGGACGAAUCUCCCGCGGGGCCACCGCGCUGCCUCCAGGACCUCCACGGUUACCGAUCAUCGGAAAUAUUCACCUCGUCGGAAAACAUCCACAUCGCUCAUUCGCCGAGCUCUCAAAAACUUAUGGACCAGUCAUGAGUCUUAAGCUUGGAAGUUUAAAUACAGUGGUUAUAGCUUCACCAGAAGCUGCGAGAGAGGUUUUACGAACACAUGACCAGAUUUUGUCUGCCCGUAGUCCCACUAACGCGGUACGGUCCAUCAAUCACCAAGACGCUUCCCUUGUCUGGCUUCCUUCGUCGUCCGCUCGUUGGAGGCUGUUGAGAAGGCUGUCGGUGACUCAGCUCUUGUCACCACAGCGUAUCGAAGCCACGAAAGCCUUGAGGAUGAACAAGGUGAAGGAACUUGUGAGCUUCAUAAGUGAAAGCAGCGAUAGGGAAGAAUCUGUUGAUAUUUCUCGUGUAGCCUUCAUCACAACUCUUAAUAUCAUAUCGAACAUUCUGUUUUCCGUCGAUCUCGGUAGCUACAACGCGAAAGCUUCUAUUAAUGGGGUUCAAGACACGGUGAUUAGUGUUAUGGAUGCUGCCGGGACUCCAGACGCUGCUAAUUACUUUCCAUUUCUGAGGUUUCUUGAUCUGCAAGGUAAUGUGAAGACUUUUAAGGUUUGCACGGAGAGGCUGGUAAGGGUUUUCCGUGGGUUCAUUGAUGCUAAGAUUGCGGAAAAAUCAUCGCAGAAUAACCCUAAAGAUGUUUCAAAAAACGAUUUCGUUGACAACCUUCUCGAUUACAAAGGAGAUGAAUCAGAACUCUCCAUUAGCGAUAUUGAACACCUUCUCUUGGAUAUGUUUACAGCAGGCACGGAUACAAGCUCUAGUACCCUGGAGUGGGCAAUGACAGAGUUACUUAAAAACCCUAAAACGAUGGCGAAAGCUCAGGCCGAGAUCGAUUGUGUGAUAGGUCAAAACGGUAUCGUUGAAGAGUCAGAUAUCUCCAAACUGCCGUAUUUACAAGCAGUCGUGAAGGAAACUUUCCGGUUACAUACGCCUGUUCCGCUUCUUAUCCCGCGAAAAGCCGAAUCCGAUGCGGAGAUUCUUGGUUUCAUGGUGCUUAAAGAUACUCAGGUUCUAGUGAACGUCUGGGCCAUAGGACGAGACCCGAGCGUGUGGGAUAAUCCGUCCCAGUUUGAGCCAGAGAGGUUUUUGGGGAAAGAUAUGGACGUGAGAGGUAGAGAUUAUGAGCUUACACCAUUCGGAGCCGGACGUAGAAUUUGCCCGGGAAUGCCUUUGGCUAUGAAAACAGUGUCUCUUAUGCUUGCUUCUCUUCUUUAUUCCUUUGACUGGAAGCUUCCGAAGGGUGUCCUUUCGGAGGAUUUGGACAUGGACGAGACCUUUGGUCUAACUUUGCAUAAGACCAACCCGUUACAUGCCGUACCCGUCAAGAAACGCGCCAAUAUUAAUUAGUCGUGGUUUUAUAAUUAAAAAUAAACAGAGAAAUAAUCUCCAAAGCUUUGUUUAUUACCAAAAACUAUCUGUUUUCGGUUCUAGAGUUUGUUUGUUUCUCUCUCUUGAGGUGGCUAGAGCUUGAAGAAGUCAAAAGUAUCCAUAUUGAUGCCUAGCUUCGGUCCUCGGUUUAGGCUAGGAAGGAAACGAAGAAGUUUCUGCAAACCGAUGCAGAUCAUCAAUGGAAUAAUGAAAUGUUAAUUUUAUCAUUUACUCAUAUAGGUUUCCGCCUCAUUAUCAUUUACUUGAUGUUUCUCCUAAAUCUUGUCAUUUAAUUGACUAAGGAAAUAACGAAGAAAUUAUCAUUUACUUAUUUAUAUAUGUUCAUUGGAUACAA